AUGGCGGAUCCAGGGAUGCUGAGCCUCUUUGGUGAUGAUGCAGGGUUGUUCUCAGACGGGUUGGAUAGUUUGGGGGACUGCUUUCCCCAGCAGUCAGCGGCUGGUCAGGCCAACCCGCUAGUCCAGCCGGCAAAUCAAUCUCUGAACCACGAGCACCAGGGAAAUAGGGCUUACCACCAAGGGAUGCUUCAUGGCACCGGAGCCGGACCGGGGCAGUCCAAACUGGGGCAGAUGUAUGAGCACAGCCCUUACACAGGCUACGAUCAGCCGGGCGCCACCGGGGGACGGAUGAUGGCCCAGAACGGUCCAAACCAGGGGUCACCCAAUGUGAACACGGCCAUGAAUGGCAUGACCUCCCACUACCACAGCAGCCCAGCUAACUCUUCCAACCCUCACCAUGGGUACCAGGGGGACGCUGGGGGAGGAGGAGCAGGAAGUGGAGGUGGAGUUUGGGGCCCGCAGCAGCAGAGCAGAUCUGUGUAUCAGCAGGCUUCAGCACCAUCAGGGGCUGGUCCCAACCAGAUGGGAAGCUACCAAAUGUCUCAAGGCAAUUAUGCUGGCAUGCAAGGUCCUCCUACAUCAAGUGCAACUCGCAUGAACCAACACUACCCUCCACAGAGCAUGGCCCCUGUUCCAGCUCAGGACCCAUCUCACUACUUAGGACAUGUUGGGAUGGGGGGCGUCCAGAUGAGACAGCCCCAGCCCCAGAACUAUCCUAACAUGGGCCACACACCUCGAUACCCACACUCCCCUUCUAGACAACCUCCACACCCCCACCAGCACCAACAGGGCAUGGCACCGUUCGGGGGUGCCCAGUACCCUGGCUAUCAGCCUCAGUACGCUGCCAUGGGACCUGGAAUUAGCCAGGGGGCUAACGCUAACGUCAGCGCUAACACCAGCCAGGCCCUUGGAGCAGGGCAGCUGGGCCAAAGGUUCAACCAGGGAACGAGCUCGGCGCCGGGGCAGCAGGGACAGCGAUACCCCUCUGUUCCACCCCACCAGCCCCACUCUGCCUCAAUGCAACAGCAGGCGGGACAGCAAGGCCAGCCUAUGCAUCCCCUAAACCAUCCCCCAAACAUCCCCCCAAACCAACCCCAGUCUCACCUCACCGCCCCAGCUCAGGGAUCCUACCCCUCCCCCCCAUCUAUGUCCCCUAUGCGGGUUCUGGGAACUCCAACUCCUCCCCCACAGGGAAGACCCCCUAGUGCAGGACUAGCUGGACCUCCGGAUGUUGCAGGAUACACAGCAAUGCAUUCACCUCCCAGCGGUAUGGCCCAUGCACAGAGAACUCCCCAAAACUCUCUUUCUGCAGCACACCCACAGCACCAGCAGCCCCAUAACAUGCCUCCCAGUGCAGGGCAAAUGUAUCCUGGCAUGGGGCCUCAGCGUGGACCACAGAUCGGGCAGAACAGGCUCCAGCAACCACAAGGGCCUCACGAAGCCUCGGUCAGCCAGGGAGGUGACCAGCGAGUUCUCCAGGCCCAACAGCAAGCCUCUCGAGGUGGGCAGCCCCUGCAGGCCGCUCCUAUGGCUUUCCAGGGUCCGCCUCUCGGUCAACAUGGAGCCCCUGCCCCUAACCAGGGCUUAGCUCCACCUGCCCAGAACACUCAGACGCAGCACACACAUCUGCCCCCACACCUGCACAACCUGCAAAGCACGCCCCCUCCUCCCAACCAGGCCUCCCACCCAUGGGCACCUCAGCCACCUGCCCCCCUCCCGCUCUCCUCACCCCCUCUUACCCCACAGAAAGUGCCUCACAUACAGCAUUCCCCCUCAGACCUGUCAGGUGACGCCUCAAUGAUGGUUCCUGACAGGCCAACGGUUGGUGCCGGAGCCCCCAGCCAGUCUAUCAGCACAGAGAAGCCUACUGAUCAGGAGACCAAGCCAAAAAAGAAGAAGAAAAAGAAAGCUAAAGCCGUGGAAGGAGAUAAAGACGAUGGAGGCAAAAAAGGAGCAAAGGAAGGAGGAGAUGAGGACGUGAAGUCGGAGUUUCCUGCAACAGGAAGCAAUGCAAGCGAACAGGUUACCGGCACAGGAACUGUUGAAGGGACUUUGCCGCCACUGGAGGAGAAGAAGAAGCGGAAAAAGAAACCAAAGGAGAAGGUGGAGGGCAAGGAGCCCAAAGAGCCCAAGACCCCGAAGACCCCCAAAACACCCAAGACUCCCAAAGAGCCCAAGGAGCCCAAGGAGAAGAAAGCCAAGAGCACCACACCCAAGGCCAAGACUCCUAAGAAAACCAGCAGUAAAAAGGUGGAAUCAGAGGGCGGGGCCAGUGCUGCUAAGAAGGAUGCCAAGAGGAAGAGGGAGUCAUCAGUGGGUGACGAUGUGGAGGUGAAGUCUCCACUCCCCUCUCCCCCCGAAGAAGAGGAUGAUGAUGGUGUUCAGAAGCGCCGUUCGAGUCGUCAGGUUAAGAGGAAGAGAUACACUGAGGACUUGGAGUUCAGGAUCUCUGAGGACGAUGACAGCGGGGAUGAUUCAACAACACCGAAAUCUCCUUCAUCCUCCUCACAGCAACAGGAUUUGACUGAGACUGAAGGGCCUGUCGUGGAGAAGAUCAUGGGUUUGCGUAGCGGCAAAAAGCAGCUGGAGUCUGGUGAGGAAGUAGAGGUGGAGGAGUUCUACGUCAAGUUCAAGGGCUUUUCGUACCUCCACUGUCGCUGGUCCGAUCUGGAGGAGCUGGAGAAGGACAAGAGGAUACACCAGAAGAUCAAGAGGUUCAAAGCCAAGCAGCAGCUCAACAACUUUAUCACUGAGAUGGACGAUGAGCCUUUUAACCCAGAUUAUGUGGAGGUGGACCGAGUCCUAGAUGUUUCAGAGAGCACAGAUGAAAAUGGAGAGAUCGUCACCCUGUAUUUGGUGAAAUGGUGCAGUCUGCCUUACGAAGAUGCUACCUGGGAGCUGAAGGCAGACAUCGACCAGUCUAAGAUAGAUGAAUAUGAACGCAUCGCAGCACGCGAACCCAACACUAACCGAGUGGAUCGGCCUUCUGCAGCCGACUGGAAAAAGCUGGAGAGCUCCAGAGAAUACAGGAACGGCAAUGCACUCAGGGAAUACCAGCUCGAAGGCCUCAACUGGCUGACUUUCAACUGGUACAACUCACGUAACUGUAUACUGGCAGACGAGAUGGGGCUCGGAAAGACCAUCCAGUCCAUUACAUUCCUCUACGAGAUCUAUAUGAAGGGCAUUGAGGGGCCAUUCCUGAUCAUCGCCCCUCUAUCCACCAUCCCUAACUGGGAGAGGGAGUUCAGGACCUGGACGGAGCUCAACGUUGUCGUCUACCACGGCAGCCAGGCCAGCAGGAAAACCAUCCAGGCCUAUGAGAUGUACUACAGAGAUCCCCAGGGCAAGAUAAUAAAAGGAGUGUACCGGUUCCACGCGGUCAUUACGACAUUUGAGAUGAUUCUGGCCGACUGUCCGGAGCUGCGCAGCAUCCCGUGGCGCUGUGUGGUGAUCGACGAAGCCCACCGCCUCAAAAACAGAAACUGCAAGCUGCUGGAGGGACUCAAAAUGAUGGAUAUGGAACACAAAGUCUUGUUGACAGGAACUCCUCUUCAGAACACAGUGGAGGAGCUCUUUAGCUUACUCAACUUCCUGGAACCAGAGCGAUUCCCAUCUGAACAGACUUUCAUGACUGAAUUUGGAGACUUGAAGACUGAAGAACAGGUCCAAAAACUUCAAGGCAUUCUGAAGCCCAUGAUGCUUAGAAGACUGAAGGAGGAUGUGGAGAAGAACCUAGCCCCCAAAGAGGAGACUAUUAUUGAGGUGGAGCUGACCAACAUCCAGAAGAAAUACUAUCGGGCCAUACUGGAGAAAAACUUCUCCUUCCUGUCCAAAGGAGGCGCAGGAGGAAGUGGAUCAGCAAGUGUCCCCAACCUUCUCAACACCAUGAUGGAGUUGAGGAAAUGCUGCAACCACCCCUACCUCAUAAAUGGAGCGGAAGAGAAGAUCAUCGAGGAGUUUAGGGAUUCCCAUGGCGGCAGGACUGAUGUGCCAGAGAUGGCUCUCCAAGCUAUGAUCCAGGCGGCUGGGAAACUGGUGCUCAUCGACAAGCUGCUGCCCAAACUAAAAGCCGGAGGACACAGGGUUCUGAUUUUCAGUCAGAUGGUCCGCUGCCUGGACAUUCUGGAGGACUACCUCAUCCAGAGACGAUAUCCAUACGAACGAAUAGACGGCAGAGUUCGGGGAAACCUGCGACAGGCCGCCAUCGAUAGGUUUUCCAGACCAGACUCGGACCGUUUUGUCUUCCUGCUCUGUACCAGAGCGGGUGGGCUCGGCAUCAACCUGACCGCAGCAGAUACCUGCAUCAUCUUUGACUCGGACUGGAAUCCUCAGAAUGACCUUCAGGCUCAAGCAAGAUGUCAUCGUAUCGGCCAGUCCAAGUCGGUGAAGAUCUACCGCCUGAUCACCAGGAACAGCUACGAGAGAGAAAUGUUUGACAAGGCCAGUCUGAAGCUUGGGCUGGAUAAGGCUGUUCUGCAGAGCAUGAGUGGAAGAGAGAACGCUAACAGUGGGGUCCAGCAGUUGUCAAAGAAGGAAAUCGAGGACCUACUGAGAAAAGGUGCCUAUGGAGCUUUGAUGGACGAAGAAGAUGAAGGCUCAAAGUUCUGCGAGGAGGACAUCGACCAGAUCCUCCAGAGACGAACCCACACCAUCACCAUCGAAUCGGAGGGCAAAGGCUCCACUUUUGCUAAGGCCAGCUUUGUUGCGACAGGAAACCGAACAGACAUUUCUCUGGAGGAUCCAGACUUCUGGCAGAAAUGGGCCAAGAAAGCAGAGCUGGACAUGGAUGCCAUUAAUGGCCGGAACACGCUGGUGAUUGACACACCAAGGGUGAGGAAGCAGACGCGGCACUACAGCAGCGUGAAAGAGGAUGACAUGCUCGAGUUCUCCGAGCUGGAGAGCGACGACGACGAACCCAGCAAGCCUUCUACCAAACAGCGUCGACCUCAAGACAAAACCCAAGGCUACCCCAGAUCCGAGUGCUUCAGGGUGGAGAAGAACCUGCUCGUCUAUGGGUGGGGAAGGUGGAGUGACAUCCUCGCUCACGGUCGCUUUAAGCGUCCCCUAAAGGAGGCAGACGUAGAAACGAUCUGCAGGGCUCUCCUGGCCUACUGUCUGCUGCAUUACCGUGGAGACGAGAACAUCAAGAGUUUCAUCUGGGACCUGAUUACCCCGAGUGAAGACGGGACCACCAGAACGCUCACAAAUCACUCUGGUCUCUCUACUCCAGUUCCCAGGGGCAGGAAGGGAAAGAAGGGGAAGAUGACUGCUCCUCCUCCUCAGACGCCACGAGCUGAUUGGCUGGCCACCUGCAAUCCUGAUCAUUUACUACAGGAGGACAGUUAUAAGAGACACCUGAAACAUCACUGUAACAAGGUUCUGCUUAGAGUCCGGAUGUUGUAUUACCUGCGACAGGAAGUCAUAGGGGACCAGGCGGAGCGCAUCCUGGAAGGAGCUGACUCCAGCGUGUUGGAUAUCUGGAUCCCUCAGCCGUUCCACGCCGAGGUCCCAGCUGACUGGUGGGACACGGAGGCUGACAAGUCCCUGCUGAUCGGCGUCUUCAAACACGGCUAUGAGAAGUAUAACUCCAUGCGUGCUGAUCCUGCCCUGUGUUUCUUGGAGCGAGUGGGUAUGCCAGACGCCAAAGCGAUAGCCGCUGAGCAGAGGGGCUCUGACAUGAUGGCAGAUGGUGUUGAGGGGGAGGAUGAGGAUCCAGAGUACAAGCCGAUGCGUAUGCCAUUUAAAGAUGACCUGGACGAUUUCACCAACUCUCCGCUGGAUGACAAAGAUAAUACAGUUGAAGGCGAGACUGAAGUGAAAUCAGGAGAAAACAGCCAAAAUGUCCCCUCUGUGGGCGGAGCUUCUGGCUCCAGCGAACGACUCUAUUGGCCAGCGGCCUCUGCCCUGACGGCCAGACUUCGACGCCUGAUCACGGCUUACCAGCGCUCCAACCGCAGAGAGCAGCUCCGUCAGGAGGCCCUCAACAGACCUGACGGUCGGCGGCGCCGACGCAGGGAGUUCCUGCCCUCCAUCGCCAUGGUUCCUGAAACGGGAACAGGAACGACAUACAUCCAGGAUGGCACAGGGAUGUUCAUGACAGAAGGAAGCCCAUAUUUGGCUAAAGGAAAUCCUUAUUUUGCCAAAGGUACUCAGUUCCUACCAGAGGCUUCGCCUGUGAUGACGGCCAGCUCCCUGAUGUCUGACGGAUCGCUGUAUUAUAGAGAGAGGAGACAAAGAUGGACGCGUCGUGAGGAGGCAGAUUUCUACCGUGUCGUUUCCACCUUUGGAGUCGUCUUUGAUACGCAGCGUCAAAAGUUUGAUUGGACACAAUUCAGAGCGUUUGCCCGUCUGGACAAGAAAACGGAUGAGAGCUUGGAGAAAUAUUACUACUCAUUCAUUGCCAUGUGCAAACGGGUCUGCAGAAUGCAGAUCAAGACUGAAACGGAACUUCCAGACCCAACCCUGAUCAUCGACCCCAUCACAGAGGAGCGUGCCUCUCGCACCCUGUACCGCAUUGAGCUUCUGCGCCGCAUCAGGGAGCAAGUCCUUCCUCACCCGCUGCUAAAUGAGCGCCUCAAGCUCUGCCAACCCUCUCCGGACCUGCCCGAAUGGUGGGAGUGCGGACGCCACGACCGGGACCUCCUCCUGGGGGCCUCUAAGCAUGGCGUCAGCCGUACGGAUUAUCACAUCCUAAAUGACCCUACCUUGGGCUUCCUGGAGGCCUACCAGCGCUUCACAAGUCAGCGAGGGGCUGGUGCUGGAAUUGGAGCCCUUGGAGAGCUCUGCAAAGCUGGCAUGGGGAUCACAGAAACUGCCUCUGCUCCACUUCUCACCGCUGCAGAGCUGGAAAGUGCUGCAGCUGCAGCAAAAAUGGCUGUUGAUGCUGCAAAAGAGGAGGAAGAAGGGAAGGAUAUAAAGAUGGAAGAAGAGAAAGCAGAAAUGGAGGUUAAAACAGAAACCGAGGAAGGAGGUUCCAGUAACAUUCCAUGUAUGAAGACUGAACCCCUUGAACAGAAGGGAAAUCAAGAUGUUGAUGAAGGGAAAGAUGAAGCAGUCGCUUCACCAAUGAAGGUCGAAGCUGAAAAUGUUUUGCCAAAGGUUGAAAAAGAGGAUUACGAAGUAAAACCAGAAAGCCAGACGUCGGAUCAAGACCCUGAUUUGGCCAAACAGAAGAGCAGCACAAGUCCUGAGCAUCAUCAGAACGACGUCGGCUUCGAGCUCCCAGAAUCCUCUGCUGAAGCACAACUUGCCCCCAAGACUGCAGAGGAGGAAGAUGGUGAGGAGAAGGAGACAUCGGAGUCUCUCAAAUCGCCAAAGUCUGCUGAAACAGUGAAAAGUCCUGAGGAAGAAGAGGAGGAAAGGAUGGAUGAAGAUGACAAAUCAGAGAAGUCGUCUCAAGCUGAGGCGAUCACAGGGCAAAAGAACUUCGACGAGGAGAGCAUCGCUUCUCUGAGCACGUCUGUCCGGGACGAGUUCUGUCCCGACGACUUGCAGGAACCCUCUGUGUUCCACGCCUUGCAGGACCGCACCUAUGGCUUCUCAUUCUGGCCAAAGGAUCGAGUGAUGAUCAACAGGUUGGAUAACAUUUGCGAGACGGUCCUAAAGGGAAAGUGGCCCGUUAACAGACGGCACAUCUUCGACUUCCCUGGAAACCUCCUGCCGGGCCACGGCUCGGCGGCAACAGCCGCCGCCGUAGCCAUGGUGAGCGAGAGCCCGCUGCAGAGACGAAGCCUGGCCGAGCUGACGAUGGCUGGGAUCCACACGCCGUACAGCGGGAGCGAGGACAAAACGCUGUCUCCACAGGUGCAUGAGGACGCUCUGAGUUUGACGGUACCUCGACAGAGGAGGAGGAGGAGGAAAAAGAUCGAGAUCGAGGCCGAGAGAGCAGCGAAGAGGCGUAAUCUGAUGGAGAUGGUGGCUCAGCUGAGAGAAAGCCAUGCAGCCGCAGAGUCUCAGAACCAGGCCAUAGACCUCACUAAGGGUGUGCACCAUCACCACAAGGCUGCUCCCUCUCUGGCCGGCUUCCCCAGUGCCUUGAUGACAAACCCUUCCCUCAAAGCCCAAAUGGAUUUGCUGCAGCAAGUCCCACCCUCUGCUCACAGAGCCAACGGCUCAUUGGACGCUGACCUGCCCAUCAUGAGAAGGAGGCGGGGCCGCAGGAAAAAUGUGGAGGGCCUGGAGCUGCUGUUCAUGGGCAACAAGAGAGCAGGGGGGGAUGAUGCUGAUGGGACAAAUAUUCCAGGAGGGGAGGGGGUUCAGGAUGCCCCCCAACCCCACAGACCAAUCAGUGUCCCUGACCAGAGCCCCAAUGCCCACUCUCUGGCCUCCGGCAGCCUGGAGGAGGAGGAGACGCCAGUUUCUAGCAAAGACCUUGGAGAGUGGCUGAGACAGCACCCUACAUACACCAUGGACAUGACUGGAUUCACACCAAAGAACGAGGAGAUGCUUUUAUCUCAGUUCUCUAAGCCCAAGCAGAAGCGUCAUCGCUGUCGAAAUCCCAACAAGAUCGACAUCAACACCCUGACUGGGGACGAGAGAGUCCCUGUGGUCAACAGACGGAACGGACGGAAGAUGGGCGGGGCCAUGGCUCCACCAAUGAAAGAGCUUCCCAGGUGGUUGUUGGAGAACCCAGAGUUCUCCAUCGCUCCUGAUUGGACAGACAUCGUCAAACAGUCGGGUUUCCUCCCAGAAGCCAUGUUUGACCGCCUUUUGACUGGCCCUGUAGUCAGAGAGGAAGGCGUUCGUCGUCGAGGACGACGACCCAAAUCUGAAAUAGCAAAGGCAGCCGCUGCUGCCCAGGCUGCGGCAGCUCAGGCCGCUCAGGCCUCCCUGGCUUCAGCCGCUUCAUCCGCAGGAGGAAUCAACCCUCUGCUGCUGAACAGCCUGUUUGGAGGGAUGGACCUGUCGUCUCUCCAGAGCCUCCAGUCUCUUCAGCUGGCUGCUGGUCUGAUGGCCUUCCCUCCUGCUGACCCCAAACAGUCCGCUGCAAACGCCGCCGCCGCCUCCAUGCUGCCCCUCAUGCUCCCUGGCAUGGGAGGCCUGCCCAACAUGGCCGCCGCCAUCCCCAACAUGUUCAGUCUCGGAGGGCUUUUUGGAGGUAACCUCACGGCUGCUGCCGCCGCAUCCAACGCCGCUUCUGGAAACGCCAACGGAACAACCGAGGGAGAGGGAGGACACGGAGAGGAGAUGGCGAAGAGGAAGAGGGAGGCAGACGACAAGGAGGCAGGAGACGACGGAGACGAUCUGGGAGAGGAGGACGAGGAGGAGGAGGAAGAGGCAGCAGCGGAGGGAGAUGAGGAUGGAGUGAAAAAGGCCAAGAAAAGGAAGAUGGAGGGUGAGGUUGCUUCAGAGAAAAAGGAGAAAUCGGCCAACGCCGGGGAUCCUAAGGUUCCAGCAGCCGAAGCGUCAGCAGAGGCAUCUGUCAAUGGCGACACUGCCGCCCUGCUGGCCGCUGCCGGCAUGUCUGCCAACUCCCUGGCAUUCAACCCCUUCCUCCUCUCCACCAUGGCCCCUGGCCUGCUCUACCCCUCCAUGUUCCUCCCCCCGGGGCUGGCUGGGCUCAGCCUGCCGGGCUUCCCCACUGCCUCCCUCGCCGAACUGCAGAGCGCCAUGGCCGGAGCGAUGGGAGAAAACGCCUCGACUCCCAACCCCGCAAGAGAUGAGGAGAGGGAAGAGGGGAAAGCUGCUGCAGAAGAAGAGGAUGAGGAGGGAGAAGAGACGGACUUGGCAGAGCAGAAAGAGGAAGCAGCAGCAGCGGCGGCGGCAGCGGAGGAGUCGGCGGCGUCUCCACAGAACGGAACGAGUGACUGAAGUGGAAAACAAACUAACUGACUGGCCUUGAACAUUUCCUCCAUCUGUUGCACGUUUACACGCCUCCAACAGAAAUAUCCAAACUAUUACAAACUUUCUUUUUGUUUUUGCUUUGACUUUUGUUGACUAUUUUCUGUUUCUCUUUUUGUUUGUUGUUUGACCAGGUGUAUUUACUAUGCGUCAGAGAGGCCCAGGUGUGUUUGUAUUAAGUUAAAUCUCUCUGAUCGAUAGUGUAGUCAGGGAAAAUCCUCAGCCUAGCUCGGCUUUUCUUCAAAGACUGUUUCCUCCUCUCUGCUCGGUGCGCGCCGUGAACUCCGCGCCCACCUCCUUUUUUUUUUUCUUUUUUCUUUCUGUUCCACAAAUAGGACUUCACAUGUUUCCAAUAGUACUAUUAUUAUAAUUAAUAUUAUUGUUGCUGCUUUCAGCUCUCCAGUCAUUUAUGCCUCCCUCUCCUUUUGUCUGGACUGUUAUGUUGUUGCUGGCAGCAUCUCACCCGAAACGAGAAGAAGCUUCUCAUGCUUCUUCUGACAGCAGUUCUCAAGAAAACGAAGAAAGAAAAAAAAACGCAUUACAGCUCAUCCUGCUGUCUGUCUGAUAAAGCUGCUGCAAAAGGAAUCGAUAGAGAUGCUCUGUGUUAGAGCAGAUGUUUUAAGUUCUCACAUAUCAGAUCAGGUAGACUGAUGUAAACCAACCAGAUUCUCUCUCAAACAUCCAGACUUAUACUUGAUGAAGAGCAGCACACAUUCAGGAGGCUACCACUACACACUAACCCCUUGUAGGUCACGUGACUGUUUCUCCUGUUGUUGUUUUUCUUUUUCUCUUAUUGACUGUAGGCGUGUUGUGCGCACGUUGAAUCGAUACUGUUAAACCCAGUCCCACACUGAAACCCAGUCUGGAGUCUUUCCUACUGCCACAUCCGAUUGGUCACUCUCUCUCGGCUUGGAGGCGGCUGCUGUCUGAUCGGUCUGCCUCGUGCUGCCAAAACGUACCCGCUGCUGUUCAGAAAGAGGCCUUGGUGAUGAGUUUUAAGCAUCUGGCCGAUCAUGAAUUUAAAACUGGGGAGGGGGCAGAAGAGAUUCUAUGUUUUAUUUCUUGGUCGCAGUCUCCAUAAAGUUUUCUUUCAAGCUUCUUUCACAUCCCUGUAGUUCCAGACUAGGCGCUGCUCCCUUCUAGUCAUCUUCUUUUUUAAAGACUGUUGCUCUAGUCACACACACUGACACCACCAAAAGGACUGAGACACGAUCUCUUCAUGUAGUUCAACUCUGCUCGCUAACUUACGUUUUUGAGUACUUGAAAGCACCAGUUGUGCUUAUAUUGCGCAAACCCUCCCCUCUAAAAAAAAAAAAAAAAGGCCAGUUUUAGUGUCUGAGAUGAAUUAAGUGCUGCAAGUGGUUCAGAUAUGUAAAGGAGAGAGAAGUGAGUGGGAGGUAACAGACCCGCGCCUCUUCUCUCUAACGCUGAGACAGCAAUAACCGAGGCAGCUUUUGAAUGUUCCAACAUCACCCUCCCAACACGCUCCCCCCCCCAUCGAUAACCACAAGUGUCGUAUGAGUAGAGAAGCAAACUGUAAAUGAGGACAAAUAAGUACUGCAAUCAAUUUUUGUCUCACUCUUUUCCUGUCAAUGCACUGGUGUUAAAGAGUAAAGUUAAUCAGGUACCUUUAUUACUUAGCUACUUUUCUUGAAAAAAAAGGACAUUUUGUUACUUUUAGCCAGCAAGCUGAAGAGCAUUACCUCAAAAUUCUUAUCUAGCCUUGAAGUUUACAGACAUACCAUGUAAAUGUUUUUUUUUCCUUUUUUUCUUUAUUUGGUUUGUGUAUUUUUUUUUCUUUUUGUUUUUUUGAGACAUCUUGUAUGAUGAAAUGUAGCUAUGAUGCUUUUAAUAAAAGUGAAUCACGAUAUUCGCCUAGGAAACCAA